GCGCAUGGUAACUUUUAGCUCCAUGGUAACGGAACAGCGUUCAUCCAGAUUUCCUGCUGCAGCAUAAGCAUUGGCACAACAAUCUUUUUAGCAUUUUAAAAACGUCAUGAUUCUUUUCGCUUGAGGUUAUAUCUUUAAUGAAUAAAUCGAUAUUGGUUUCGAGUCAUCAUGAGCCGCACUCCUGAUGCAAGAGCGAGAGACAUCCAGACCAAGCAGAUUCAGGACAACAUCACCAAUGUAGAGAAGCACUUUGGAGAUCUGUGCCAAUUGUUUGCCGCUUACGUCCGUAAAACUGCACGACUGCGGGACAAAGCCGACCUCCUGGUCAAAGAAGUCAGUCUGUAUGCCGAUACAGAGACACCAAACCUAAAAUGUGGAUUGAAGAGUUUUGCAGAUCAACUGGCCAAGAUUCAGGACUAUCGGCAAGCAGAGGUGGAGAGGCUGGAAGUGAAAGUUAUAGAGCCUUUGAAAGCAUAUGGGAAUAUUGUGAAAACAAAAAGGGAGGACCUGAAGCAGACACAGACUGCAAGAAACAGAGAGGCCAAGCAGAUGCAGCAGCUUGAAAAAAUGAGGCAGAGAAACCCAUCGGACAGACAGAUCAUUACUCACAUCAUUUAUGUGUGCUGCUUGGAACACUUUGUGCUUCAUGUUUUAUUGUCGGUUGUGUCACGAAAGGCUGAGAGUGAACUCCAAAGAGCCACAAUGGAUGCCACACGCACGACUCGCCAGCUGGAGGAGACAAUAGAUGACUUUGAAAAGCAGAAGAUUCGUGAUAUUAAGAAAAUUUUGGGUGAAUUUGUGACGGUGGAGAUGACGUUCCAUGCCAAGGCCUUGGAAAUUUACACAACUGCUUACCAGCACAUUCAGAAUGUCGAUGAGGAAGGAGACCUUGAGGUAUUUAGAAAUUCACUGCACCCCCCUGAUUACCAGUCACGGUUAGAAAUAGUUCGUGCCAAUUCUAAACUGUCCCUGAAUCGAACUGGUACAUCAAUGAGUAAAUCAGGAACAAUGCAGUCAAGAACAUCUAGCAGACAGAGGAAAAGGGAUGACGAAGAAGAUGAGGAUGAGGAGGAUGAUGAUGAAGAUGAGGAUGACUUGGAGGAAGUGACUGAUGAUGAGCAUUAAAAUAAAUUUUCAUUGCCAUUUUGUCCAAUAUCCACAAGCACAUCCAGACGAUGACAUUCCCGAACUGUAUUUAUGUGCGUUUUGAAUGGAGAUGAAUUUGCAUUACAAACAAUAAAUGUAAUGUAAUGUAAUGAUAGUUUGAUCUAUGUUAGUUAAAGGUGAGUGCAUGGUUAUAUGUUUGCUCUCUUGUAAAACAAAAACUAUGAAAUUAUAUUAUACUGAAUAACACCUUCAAAGAGAGUGUUAAUUUAAUUUUUUUAAUCAUUUUAAAUCUCCCAACAUGUUUUUUGUGUACAAAGUGCCAAGCUGUUCCGGCGAUCGAUAUGAUAUUUGGUUAGAAUGUGCCUUAGAGAAUGUCGGUGUACCAAUAAAGCUGGCUCUUGCUUUUGCAUAAUAGGCCAUUUUCAUGAUCUCAAA